UCUCUUCCGCCUCCGUGAUGCGUUCAGGUGUAAGCGGAAUGAAAUGAUUCAUGUUGCAGAACUCCACUUCCUCAAACUGUAGUUAGUUUGUUUGGGUUCGUCGGAUCUGAGACGGGGCAGCUCUCGGGUCCCUGUACGGCUGGGUGGAGGAACCAUGGUGUUCGAGAACAUCCAGUACGACGACAUCCUGGUUGAAGCGGCUGUCGGCAGAGGAACCUUUGGGGUGGUCUUCAAAGCGGUGUGGAGAGGAAAAAAUGUGGCGAUUAAAACCAUCGAGAGCGACGCUGAGAGGAACGCCUUCCUGGUGGAGCUCCGCCAGCUGUCCCGGGUCAGUCAUCCCAACAUAGUGAAGCUGUAUGGCUCCUGUGAGGACCCCGUAUGUCUGGUGAUGGAGUACGCAGAAUGUGGCUCUUUAUACAACCUCCUGCACAGCGCCGACCCGCUGCCCCACUACACAGCCGCCCACGCCAUGAGCUGGUGUCUGCAGUGCGCCCACGGCGUUGCCUACCUGCACGCCAUGAAACCCAAAGCUCUGAUUCACAGAGACCUAAAACCUCCAAAUUUGUUGCUUGUAGCUCGAGGAACAGUGCUGAAGAUCUGUGACUUUGGAACAGCUUGUGACAUUCAGACCUACAUGACCAACAACAAAGGCAGUGCAGCCUGGAUGGCUCCUGAGGUGUUUGAAGGGAGCAACUAUAGUGAGAAGUGUGACGUGUUCAGCUGGAGCAUCAUCCUGUGGGAGGUAAUAACUCGCAGGAAGCCCUUCGAGGAGAUCGGCGGCUCUGCAUUCUGCAUCAUGUGGGCCGUGCACAGAGGUACUCGUCCCCCUCUGAUCAAAGACCUCCCUGAACCCAUUGAGACUCUAAUGACCCGCUGCUGGGACAAAGAGCCCAGCCAGAGACCGUCUAUGAGCGAGGUCUGCGACACCAUGAGCAGCUUGAUGAAGUAUUUCCCAGGCUCUGAUGAACCCCUUGAUCUUCCUCACCAGUCUUCACCCUACAAAAGUGGCUCCUCAUCUGCAGCAAGCACAGGCUCAUGGGCCGAUGGAACCAUUAACAGCAAUCGAAGCGACGAAACCAGACACAGAUCGUCAACUGGUGGUGAGGAGCAGAAUUCUGAGACCAGAACCCCUCUGCAGGUCUGGACCCCAAAGACUCCCUCAUGGUUGUCCACUGUGUCCAGGACCUCCAGCUCAGAGAAUCAGAGCCCCCUCAACACUUUUAACCAAUCAGAGCUGAGAAUGACGUUUUCUCCUGCAGGUACUGAAGGAUCAGAGAGUCCAGUACAUCCAAUGUAUCAGAAGCUGGAUCACCAGUUACAGCCUCUGGCUCCUUGUCCAAACUCCCGGGAGUCCAUGGCGGUUUUUGAGCAGCACAUCCGAAUGGCCCAAGAGUUCCUGAGAGUCCAGUCUGAGAUCGCUCACCAACUGAACAGAAAAGAGGAGCUCAUGGCAGAGCUUGAGCAGGAGCAGAAGGAGCAGCAGACCUCUUCUCGCCUCAUGCAGGAAUACAGCAAGCUGCUGGAGGAAAACAGCAGCCUGUCGACUGUCUGCCAGGACCUGAGGAGUAAGCUGAGCCUGAUCCAGAGUCAGAACCAGACCUACAGCUGAAACUGAGCCCUGCUGCGUCUUCCUGUUCCUGAUUCUGGUCCAUGGACCUCUGCCCGAUGAAAUGUAUUAGGUCAACAUCUGCAUCAUGCUGGACCCAUUCCUUUAGCCCACUGCUUCCUGUACCUAAGCAGUCUGUUAUGGAGCCGGGUCCAGAGUGGGAGUGAUCCUGAGGAAAACAGCUGAAGUUCACAGUGAAGCUUAAGGGACUUCUUACUGUUCUUCCUCCUCACUGUUAAAAAACUUCAGAUCAGCUGAUGAACCGCUGAGGCAAAAACUGAAGAAACGUGAGCACUGAUUUUACCCAAGCUCCCCCAUUGAACUUCUUGAAUUUUGUACUUUUCCUUUUCUAUUUUUAUACUCUGAACUUUCUACUCCAAUAAAAAUGAUUUUGUUCAACCAAUAAAGGACAAACAAAACGUUUUUACAAAAUAAAAUGUACCUUCAAACUUUGU